GCAUCGUCCUCUGGCUCGGCUCCAGCGCUUCCAGGCAGCAACAGCCUCCUUGCUAUUCUGCUGCGUGUCUGCGAUCAUCUCGUCGUCUCUUCGUCGCUCUUUUGAGUGAGAGGGGAAGGUGGUCGUCCAGGCAGUCGACUCCACAAGGGCUCCAAGAGUGAGGUUUUCUCGACGGCUCGCCUCUCUUUUGUGGGUGGGUGUGGGUUCUUGCGUUUUCUUCUAGGGCAGAGAGAGGAGCGAGCGAGCGAGAGCGAGAGCGAGUGAGAGAGAGAGAGAGGGAUCGGAGGUGAGAGGGCGCGAUGGCGGGGAGGAUGUUGGCUCAGGCAGUGGGCAGGAGCGCGAGGCGGAAAUGGAGACAGGUCGCGGCCCUGCACAGCCACGCGUUGGCUGUUCCCGAUGAUCGAUUCAAGAGGUACAAUUCGCCCGUCCCCAUCACUGCCGAUCACACGUCCGUCCUCGCCACGCCCCAGACCAGGGUUACCACUCUCAGCAACGGGUUGAGGGUGGCCACCGAGUCUGGCCAGGCCUCGGAUACCGCCACCGUCGGAGUGUGGAUCGAUGCCGGUAGCCGAUACGAGACUGCGGCCACCAAUGGGACCGCCCACUUUUUGGAGCACAUGAUUUUCAAGGGCACUGCCAAGAGGAGCCUGAGGCAACUCGAGGAGGAGAUCGAGAACAUGGGUGGUCACUUGAAUGCUUACACUUCCCGUGAGCAGACUACUUAUUAUGCUAAGGUGCUCGAAAGGGAUGUGCCUGCUGCUGUUGACAUCUUGGCGGACAUUCUCCAAAAUUCUUCCUUCGAUCAAGACCGAAUCGAGCGCGAGCGGAACGUUAUUCUUCGGGAAAUGCAGGAGGUGGAGGGUCAGGUAGAGGAGGUUCUGUUUGACCACCUCCAUGCCACCGCUUUCCAGUACAGUCCUCUUGGACGCACCAUUUUGGGACCGGCAGACAAUGUGCGAUCAAUCACCAGAGCCGACUUGAAGGACUACAUCUCCACUCACUACUCAGGACCCAGGAUGGUCAUCGCAGGAGCUGGAGCUGUUGACCACAACAAGCUGGUUAAACUUGUUGAGGAGAAAUUUACCAGUCUGUCAACGGACACCACCACAACAGCUGACCUUAUCAAGAGAGAGCCCGCAAUUUUCACAGGCUCAGAGGUUCGCAUCAGAGAUGAUGAUGUUCCCCUAGCUUACUUCGCUGUGGCGGUUAAGGGAGCAGCAUGGACAGACCCGGACUCCAUUCCGUUGAUGAUUAUGCAGACCAUGUUGGGACAUUGGAACAAGAGUGCCGGUGCUGGAAAGCACAUGGGAUCGGAAAUGGCGCAGAUGAUUGCAGCAAACGAUCUUGCCGAAAAUGUGAUGGCAUUCAACACGAACUACAGCGAUGCUGGACUUUUUGGAGUCUACGCUGUUGCGAAGCCCGAAGGUCUGAGCGAUCUCGCUUACUGUAUCAUGCACGAGUUUGCCAAGCUUAUCUACAGUGUUGAUGAGAAUGAUCUUAUUCGCGCACGCAAUCAGUUGAAGGCGUGUCUGUUGCUACAUUUGGAUGGAACAAGCCCUAUUGCCGAAGAUAUCGGUCGCCAGCUUUUGACCUACGGACGACGAGUACCUCUUGCCGAGCUUUUCGCUAGGAUAGACGCAGUGGAUGCUAACACCGUGAAGAGGGUGGCAAGACGCUUUAUCUUUGACAAGGAUGUUGCAAUUGCAGCAAUGGGACCCACCCACGAACUACCAGACUACACCUGGUUCAGGCGCAGGACCUACUGGCUCCGAUAUUGAGAAAUUACUAAAUAGAACAUUGUGAAUUUUUCCCUGCACUGAAUGUAUAUUCAGUCCAGGCGAGGUGGAAGAUGGUGUCUCUGAGCAGCGGAGAGUGAAUAUAUAGACGAAUCCAGAGUUCCAUCAGAAGUUUUCCAGGCUCAGCUCUCUCACCAAUGCAGAAGCUGCCGUGUUUGGUAUUUUCAUGCCCUCCAGCUAGAAGGCUAAAAUUCUUGGAGGACUUCAUAGGCCGUUCAGGUAUCUGAAUCUUUCACUAAAAGUUUGAGGUUGAUCGCAAGGGAAGCUUCCCACAUAAAGUCUUUAAUGGCAUGUGGCAGUCUUCACAUGUAAUAAAAUAACGUGCAUGCAUGAAUCUUGUGUCACUGUUUGGAAGAGUAAAAAUUCUAAUGAAAAGUGAAAAAUGCACACGAGGUUUGGCGAGUGUUUGAAAGUGAGGAAUUUGAGCUUUUAAGUCAUAUUGAAGAGGCGAAGUUAGCCAAAGACGUAUUACACGAGACGCGAACCGGUAACAAGCCAGUAACAGACAUUCGGGAUUCGCAGGGUAGACGAUGCCCCGGAUGAGAAGAAGAUCUAAAGAUCAAGACGAUUGUGACUUAGGGAAACCUCUCUUAUGGACUUGAGCGUCUCUAACUGUGCUUUCGUUGGUCGACCAUGCCUUAUGAGUCACCGCAUGGAAGCGCCUAAAAUCUAGUUAACGUUUUCGUGAAUCUGCAAAUUCUGCGUUUAAAACAGCUGGCAUAUUUGUUGACCUACUGAAAACGAGGUAGGAAGUGUCCCUUUCAGAAGUUCUUAACACUUUUGUGUGGGUUUGUCCACUUUCGUUGCAUGAUUACUUCAAAAUUUAGUUUUCUUCGGUGCGUAGUUGUUGCGUUCCUUAGUUUCUCUGUUUUUAAUCGAAACAAGGAGAGGAUUCGUAUCGGGAUUGCAUAGCUCUCUGCGCUUGCAGUUUAGAAAACUAAUGUCACGUUUGUCUUGUUAUCUAGAGCACCAGCAGAAAUUACUAGGACUAUUAGUAUUGUGCUUCUUAAUUUUUUGACAAUGAAAUUGGAUAUUGUCGACUUUGUUGCUAGCAGCAAUGACUGUUUUAUGGCAUCUAAGACGCUUUGUAAUAUUUGGUAUUUCUUGUGCACGUGUGUACAUAGAAUCACAUCCCAGGGUGUAUUCUCUUAAAUAAACAGCGAAGAUAGAGCACGAAGGAAUACAACACAGGAACAGUAAUCCGCAAUAUUCAGCAACAGUAACUCCGGUGGAGGAAAAUUUGGUACGGUUUCAUGGAUAUGACACGAAAAUUUUAUUUGUCUCUGGUUAUAUGAUAUCUCGCGGAAUUGCAUG